AUGUCCAAGACCUUCAGCCCCGCCGACGUGGCCAAGCACACGGCCACAGCCAGCAACGGCCAGUACAUCAUCAUUGACGGCACCGUGUACGACGUAACGAACUUUAUUGACGAGCAUCCUGGUGGGGCGAAGAUUUUGAAAAGAGUCUGCGGCAAGGAUGCGAGUAAACAAUUCUGGAAGUAUCACAACGAGUCCGUCCUCAAGAAGUAUGCGCCCAAGCUGAAGAUUGGCACAAUUGGCGAGAAGGCAAAAUUGUAG